GUUGACUAGCCAGUCUGAUAAAUAUUCUCUUCUUAUUCAGUUCUCUCACCCCUUGACACGAGUGGCUCAGAUGCAUCCGAGUAUCUAGUCUUUGAUACUGAAAUUCCCACCAUCGACCUUUCAGAUCCAGAGCAUCGAUUUUCCUGCAGUCCAUCUUUUUCGGGGUCGCUCUACGAAGGAGACGCCAAUAUGUCACGCUCGGGACAUGGUCGCGCGCCUGAGGACUAUCGUCAGGAGUAUAUUGCAUCCUUGCGCUACAGAAAUGACCUCCCUCCGCCUGAAAUGCCCCCGAAGUUCCUCGACAUUCCGCACGAGGGAUUGGAGCGGUUUUUGACACCUGGAUUCGCAUCCAAUCUGGCUAGGCGUGAAGAACCAAAUAUUGACGUGGAUGCCGAAGGUGGAAUGCCAAUUGACCUUGUUGGUAUCCCGGGGCUUCACCUGGGCGAUGAGAGUGCUAUUAUGGCCCCUGAAAAUCCACCUCCUGUCGACCCAGCGGACCUCCCUCUGCUCAUGACUCUUGAUCAGCUCCGCAAUCCAGCGCCGAAGAAUACGAAUGUCAGCUUCCUUCGCCGUACUCAGUACAUUUCCGCUGCUACUCGUGUGCCCGACAAUUUGAAGGCAGUCCCAUCCAGAGUCAAGCCAAGAGCUCAAGACAAAACUAAGAUGUCCCGCGAUGAUCCAAUUUACGUCAAGAAGUAUAUCCAGAAAGGGUUUGACAUUGCUUAUCCGCAGAGCAAACAUACUGGAGAGGACACGGCUAGUAAGAUCAAGGGGCAUGUUUCCAGCAAAGACGAAGUCGAUGCCUGGGCGCAUCCUGUCCAUCCUAGCAAUCCGAAACUCAAGCCAGUUGGAUUCUAUCCUCUGCUACCCGAUCUGCAGGGUUUCCCCGAUCCUGGAGGGUAUGUCCAGUUUAAGUUCGACAAAGCGCCUCUCCAGGCUGUCUCUGGAAAACGGGACGAACGCAUGGAUGUCGCUAUCCUUCUCCCAUCGGCUCCAGAGGAGCGCAUAUGCCAGGAACACGCCGCCAAAGUCGCCCUGCACAAAACAAACCCCAACCUCUAUCCGGACCCUGGACCUAUUCCUUGGGAUUACGAUCUCUUUUUACCCGAGAAGAAAGACUCGGCCAAGGAUGUUUCCGCGAGCUUGCAGCUGUCGAACCCUAACCGCGACAGUGAGGAGUACUACGCUCAUGAAGGUCCUGACGGCACCAAGUUCCAUCGUUUCGAUCGUCUACGCACCUAUGCAACCGGCUUCCAGAGCCUGAACACCGAUCAGAAACAGCGAGAUGUAGCCUUGACUUUGUUUGACCCGGCGAAGGCUGAUGACGACCGACGUUCGAAGCAAAAGGGCGCCUAUUAUUACCCGAUUCUCGGAAAAACCCGCCUCAAGCCCGAGCGUGCUCGUACUAUCGCCCAGGCUGGCCUAGCUCCUACGAUUCCUACGACGAAGGAAGAUCAGGUCGAUCAGAUGCAAGUUGUGGUCCGUGAUCCGGAUGAGGCCGAGGUUUACAAACGCUCUCUGCACAGGGCAGCUAUCGACCCGAAGUUUGCCAAAUCCUUGCCUCCACCACCAGAGGAGGCAGCAAGGGAGGAACAAGCGGAAGAAGAGGAUGAGGUGCGCGCAGAGAGAGAAGCAGACCCCAAGAAUCAUCAUGACAACGGUGAUGAGGAUAGGAUGAGUGAGUAGACACUAUCUGAAACAUUUGUCUUACCCCCUUUGCCCCCCACUGGAAAUUAUCAGUUUGCAAUUCUGUAACAUUUUCUCUUUCGUGCGUUUAAAGCUUAAGCUUCUUGUCAUACCCAUGGUUUGGUGCUAUUUGUUUUCAAUCGCUACCACGACUCAUGUCCCCUUGAACCACCAGGUCCCCUCAAAAAAAAAAAAAAAAAAAAAAAAAACAGAAAUGACCAUAUUCCACAUCUGAAUUUAAUUAAUUGUCUUGUCAUUAGUUGGCGUUCGACAGGAAAGCUGGCGUCCAGCGGUUACUACUAUGAAGUUUGAACAAAGGAGUGUUAGAGUCGGGUUGCCAUAAUUUUUUUUUCCAAUUGCAAGAUGCAUUUGCAAAAAAUAUAUCAUUAAUAAGAUCGGAUGUU